UCCAACCGCCAUUAAUGGAGGGAACUCAACUUUCUAAACCUUUACUUUGAAAGAGAGAGAGAGAAUAAAUAAAUAGUCACAAAUUUGCUUUUCAAAAUCAUCUGUGAAAUGGAAGAAGACAAGGACAGUGGCGCAUCCGCUUCGCUUUCUCUUUCCGAUAAUGAAUCGCCACCGCCGGCGAGUAUGCCUUUCGUACCAGCUCCGGCGACGACGGUUAUUAACACUUGUUCAAACGCCGGAAUGAGCACAGGAGUCACAUCUAUAGUCAACAGCGCCGAUCUGAGUGGUAAGAAGAAGAGAGGACGGCCAAGGAAGUACGACGCCGACGGUAAUUUGAGAAUUCCGGUUAAGUCGCCGUCGCUCACUGGAUUUACGUUAACAUCGCCGAAGUCGGAGUUCUCUUCCAAACGAGGUCGCGGACGGCCGCUUGGUUCCGGUAACUGGCAAGUUCUUGCUUCUUUAGGGGAAUUGUUUACAAGUACUGCGGGAGGGGAUUUUACUCCGCAUGUGAUGACUAUUUAUGGAGGAGAGGAUAUUGCAUCAAAGAUAAUUUCAUUUUCACAAAAAGGUUCAAGAGGGAUUUGUGUUCUCUCUGCUAAUGGAGCUGUUUCUAAUGUCACCAUUAGACAACCUGGUUCAUCUGGUGGCAUCUUGACAUAUGAGGGGCGUUUUGAGAUAUUAUCGCUAACGGGGUCAUUCACUGUCUCUGACAAAGACGGUAUGAGAAGUAGAACAGGCGGGUUGAGCGUAUCACUUGCAGGUCCAGACGGCCGUGUUAUAGGUGGUAGUGUUGCUGGCUUAUUAAUGGCUGCUAGCCCUAUUCAAAUUGUUGUUGGAAGUUUCAUGGAAAAUGGUUUUUCUAAGUCUCUAAUAAAAAAGAAGCACCAAAAUGAACCAAGAGUAGCAGCAGAAGCAGUUACGAUUGCCCCGGUCACUCCUGCCAUGCCCAUAUCACAAUCAAUCCCCGCAGGUAAUUUCAUCGUGCAAAACCACAUUGAUUCAGCAGCAGAUAAUGAUGGCACAAACGGGGUUCAUAAUAUCAACUGUGGCUGGAAUGGUACCAACUCAACUUUGUUGCCCAAAACAUCUCCUGACAUCAAUUCAUCUGUCCCAUUUGAAAUGAACUGAAACUAGUGUGUCUUUUUAUCUAUUUAUGAUCUUGUUUUUUAUUUGCUCUCUUUAGCUUUAGAACUUGGGAGUCAUGGAAUAUUUUGGUUAAUUUAGGAUUUGAUUGGAUGAACCUAUGAAUCUUAGAGCUUAUUCUGUUAAGGAAGAAUUGUUUGGAAAUGUUUAAUAUUUAUUUAAUUUUAAGUGUU